UUCAAAAAUCUCUUUACGAUUUGUUGACUUCGAUAAGUCUUCGUGCAGGUUUAUUUUGCAUCGGUGUUUAUAAAGGACUUGUGAAGAUUUUUGGUUUGAAUAAAGCUGUGGGGUACGAUGAAAUUGAAGUUGAAAUAGGAAAAGACACCGGAAGGUAUGUCCUACCAUACUUUAUAGUCAGAUUUUUUAUUGGAGUUGUUGCUUUCAUCGCACUGUUGAUCUAUAAAUGGGCAAGGAGGCACACAUCAAACUACGAAAAUAUUGAAGAUUUUCUGCAAGGAAAUGCCCUCAUGCCGAUUAGGUACUCUUACAAAAAAAUAAAGCAUAUGACUAAGAGUUUCAAAGAAAAGUUGGGUCAAGGAGGAUUUGGCGAGGUGUAUAAAGGAAAGUUAAGGAGUGGAUUAUUUGUAGCGGUUAAAAUGUUGAGAAAAUCAAAGGCUAAUGGACAAGAAUUCAUUAGUGAAGUUGCAACUAUAGGAAGAAUACACCAUAACAAUGUUGUGCGACUUAUUGGAUUUAGUGUUGAAGCAUCAACCUGUGCUCUAAUUUAUGAGUUCAUGUCUAAUGGUUCUCUUGAUAAAUAUAUUUUCUCUAAGACAAAUGAUAUCUCUUUAACUUAUAAGCAAAUUUAUGAGAUAUCUUUUGGAGUAGCUCGUGGUAUUGCUUAUUUACAUCAAGGCUGUGACAGGCAAAUUUUGCAUUUUGACAUCAAACCACAUAACAUCCUUCUUGAUGAGAACUUUAUACCAAAAAUUUCUGACUUUGGCCUUGCAAAGCUUUACCCUAUAAACAAAAGCAUUGUCACUUUAACUGCAGCUCGGGGAACAAUUGGAUACAUGGCUCCUGAGUUAUUCUACCACAAUAUUGGAGGAAUAUCAUAUAAGGCUGAUGUUUAUAGCUUUGGUAUGCUUUUGAUGGAAAUGGCAAGCAAAAGAAAAAACUUGAAUAAACAUGCAGAAAAUUCAAGUGAACUUUUCUUUCCCUUGUGGAUAUAUGAUCAACUGAAUGGAGAAGUUGAGAUACAAAUAGAAGAUAUUACUAAGGAGGCAAAUAACGAGGUAAAGAAGAUGUUCUUAGUUGCAUUAUGGUGUAUACAGUUAAAACCAUGUGAUCGUCCUUCAAUGAACAAAGUAGUAGAAAUGUUAGAAGGAGAACUCGAGAACAUUGAAAUGCCUCCAAAACCUUCUCUAUAUCCACAUGAAAUGAUUCAAGAGAAUCUAGGAAAUAGCUCAAGCCAAACUUUAUCAGAUGAUUCUAAUGGCUCUACAAGUUAUCUUGAAGAAAAAAGUAUGUACUAUUCAUAA